AUGAUAUCGUAUUUAUUUAUGAUAUUAAUUUCAUUGGCUGCAGUUAAAGGACAAUAUAAGUUUGAAAACUGUGGUACAGCUUCGGAUGUAAUUCAAUUAACACAUCUUGAAAUAAAUCCUCAUCCAAUGAAAAUUCCAAGUUCGGUUAUAUUUUCGCUUCAUGUUGACGCAAGUGCAGAUGUUAUCAGUCCAAUUAAGACAGAAUUUAAAUUAUCAAAAGCAACCUGGAUCGGUAAUAUUCAAGUUCCUUGUACAGAUGGUGUUGGAUCAUGUACUUAUGAUGAUUGGUGUGUUUUUUGUAAAACUUGUUCUUGUCCAAUAUUAGCUGGAAAACAAAUAAUGAACAUGCCAAUGGAAGUAUCAACAUCUGUACCCACUGGAGAAUAUUCAGUUGAAAUUAGAUUAACAUCCAAAACAGGUCAAAAAGGAUGUGUUAAAAUAACAAAGAUCAAAGUUGAAAAAUAA